AUGGUUAAAAAGCGAGUCCUUUGUGGCUAUGGAGUUGAUAUCGAUGCCGUUGCAGGAUGGCUUGGAAGUUAUGGAGGAGAGGACUCUACGAGCGAUAUCUCACGAGGUCUCUUCGCUGGUACUAUCGGAACCAGAAGAUUGCUUAAGUUGUUCGAGAAAAACAAUAUGAAAGCAACUUGGUUCAUUCCUGGUCACUCAUUGGAAACGUUCCCAGAAGAGUGUGCUAUGGUUCGUGAUGCUGGACACGAAAUCGGACUCCACGGCUACUCCCACGAAAACCCCUCCGACAUGACCCUGGAACAACAGCGCGACGUCCUCGACAAAACCUACCGAUUACUCACAGACUUCUGCGGCAAGCCACCACGCGGAAGUGUAGCACCAUGGUGGGAAACCUCCAAAGAAGGUGCCGAGCUCCUCCUCAGCUACGGAAUCGAAUACGACCACAGCAUGAGCCAUGACGAUUGUCAAAUGUACUGGCUCCGUGUGGGAGAUACGUGGACGAAGAUCGACUAUUCGAAAAAAGCCGAGGAAUGGAUGCACCCGCUGAUCAAAGGUAAAGCUACUGGACUUGUGGAGAUACCGGCUAGUUGGUAUAUUGAUGAUUUGCCACCGAUGAUGUUCAUCAAGAAAGCUGCAAACAGUCACGGCUGGGUCAACCCUCGGGACGUCGAAGAGCUAUGGAUGGAUCACUUCGACUACUUCUAUGAUAAUUACGACGAAUUCGUCUUCCCGAUGACCAUUCAUCCAGACGUGUCUGGUCGUCCUCACGUCUUGAAGAUGCAUCAAAGAAUCAUCGACCACAUAAACAAACACGAAGGUGUAGAAUGGGUUACUUUUGAGCAAAUGUCAGAUGAGUUUAAGAGUAAGAAUACACCUGAGGAGGGAGCUAUGAUGCCUGCUCCGGCUGGGGAGAUUUUGAAGAAGUAA